CAGUUGACAGCGUCACACACCAAUCUCAAUCGCACUUCAACACGCGAGCCGUGGACACGAGAGAGACAGAAACCGGCAAAUCGCCCCAAUAAUCUCGGCAGUCCAGUUCCGCUUCUGAUCUGACCUCUCGUCCCCUCGCUCCCCGCCGCCACCACAGCAGUUGAACACGAGCGCGAUGUGGGGGCUAGGGUUUAGGUGGCUGCUGCUGCUGCUGCUGGCGUUCGCGGCGGCGGUGGAGCUGGAGGCGCGGUUUGUGGUGGAGAAGAACAGCCUGAUGGUCACGUCGCCGACAGCUCUGCGGGGGCGGCACGAUAGCGCCAUAGGCAACUUCGGCAUCCCGCAGUACGGCGGGAGCAUGGCUGGUGCCGUCGUCUAUCCCAAGGGCAACUCAGACGCCUGCGAGGCCUUCAACAGCGGCAGGAAGGAGCACCUCUUCCGCACCAAGCCUGGAGCGCUCCCCAGCUUCCUUCUCAUAGACCGCGGAAGGGAAGGUGGUGUGUUGUCUUUCUUGCUGGUUUCUCUUUGGCAGAAGUACCCUCAACAGGAUGCGUGUAUCACCGUGGAGACGGCGAGACCUUUGUCGGCUACAGUGACUCGGACCACGCCGGUGACGUGGACUCCAGAAAGCACCUCAGGCGUGCUGUUUUCCCUCGGGAGCAGUCCAAUGAGCUGGAAAUCACAUAAGCAGAAGGUCGUCGCCACCUCUUCGUGCGAAGCCGUGUACAUUGCAGCGGCGACAGCGGCGUGCCAAGGGAUCUGGUUGGCUUGUCUUCUCGGCGAGCUACUAAAGCGAGAUGCUGCCCCUGCGAUCCUCUACGUUGACAACAAGUCUGCCAUCUCGCUGUGCAAAAAUCCGGUACUUCACGACCACAGCAAGCACAUUGAUGCUACCACUUCAUACGGGACUGUGUGUCGAGAAGGGCAUGGUGGCUGUGGAGUUCAUUGGAACCAGCGAGCAAAAGGCGGACAUUCUGACAAAGCCUCUUGGUCGUGUACGCUUCCAGGACCUGCGCGGCAAGAUUGCUUGUUUGCUAAGAAGGUCUGGAAUGCACAAUAUGCUGGUGCCUCAGCAGUGCUUGUAGUUGAUGACAAGGAUGAGCCACUGAUAACAAUGGACUUACUUCAGGAAGAUGAUGAGGCUGCAAAAUACAUACAGAACAUAUCCAUUCCUUCUGCUUUAAUUGAUAAGAAAUUUGGAGAACAAUUGAAGAAGGCUGUUAAAGAUGGUGAAAUGGUAAACGUGAAUCUUGAUUGGAGGGAGGCUGUCCCACAUCCUGAUAACCGAGUUGAGUAUGAGUUGUGGACAAAUAGCAAUGAUGAAUGUGGGCCUAAAUGUGAUAUGCUUAUGCAUUUUCUGAAGGAAUUUAAGGGAGCUGCGCAGUUACUUGAAAAAGGUGGUUAUAGUCAGUUCACACCCCAUUAUAUUACUUGGUAUUGCCCUCAAGCAUUUGUUGUCAGCAAACAAUGCAAGUCCCAGUGUAUAAACCAUGGAAGGUAUUGUGCACCUGAUCCAGAACAAGAUUUUAGUACUGGCUAUGAUGGAAAAGAUGUUGUUGUAGAGAACUUGAGACAGCUUUGUGUGUUUAAUGUUGCAAAUGAGAUAAAAAAACCAUGGAUCUGGUGGGAUUAUGUGACUGAUUUUCACAUAAGGUGCCCAAUGAAGGAGAAGAAGUAUAACAAAAAGUGCGCAGAAACAGUCAUUAAAUCACUAGGUUUGGAAGUGAAGAAGAUUGAUAAGUGCAUGGGAGAUCCAAAUGAUGAUUCUGACCACCCUUUACUAAAAAUGGAGCAGGACUCUCAGAUUGGGAAAGGGUCAAGAGGAGAUGUUACCAUAUUGCCUACUCUUGUUGUGAACAAUCGACAAUAUCGAGUCUUGAAAGGAACAGGAAAGCUAGGAAGGAAAGCUGUCCUCAAAGCUAUUUGUGCUGGCUUUGAGGAAACUACUGAGCCAAAUGUUUGUCUGAGUGAUGACAUGGAAACAAACGAGUGUCUGAGCGAUAAUGGAGGUUGCUGGCAAGACAACGCUGCUAAUGUAACAGCUUGUAGGGACACUUUUCGUGGCAGAGUGUGUGAAUGCCCCACAUUCAAUGGCGUGCAAUUUAAAGGAGAUGGCUACAGCAACUGUGAACCUGCUGGUCCCGGAAAAUGCUUGAUAAACCAUGGUGGGUGCUGGCAUGAAACUCGCAACGGAAAAACAUUCUCUGCUUGUCAGGAAUCAGGAGAUCAAAAUUGCAAGUGUCCAGCUGGUUUCCGAGGGGACGGUGUUAAAAAAUGUGAUGAUAUUGACGAGUGCAAGGAGAGAAAAGCUUGCCAGUGUCCUGAAUGCAGCUGCAGAGAUACAUGGGGUGGCUAUGAUUGUACUUGUAGUGGCGACCUUUUGUACAUCAAGGAGCACGACACUUGCAUAAGUAAGACAACAGUUCAGGCUAAAGCAGCAUGGGCUGCUGUGUGGGGGAUCUUGGUAGCCUUGGUUAUUGUGGCGGCAGGAAGCUAUGUGGUAUACAAAUACAGAUUAAGGUCAUACAUGGACUCUGAGAUUAGAGCUAUCAUGGCACAGUACAUGCCACUGGACAGUCAAGGGGAGGUCCCAAAUGAUUCACACGAAGAUCAUCCACUUGCUCACUAACUGAACCUGUACAACUAACAUAGGCAGAAAUGUGGUUUGAACAGAGUUGAAAUAUACAGAAUGCAUACAAAGGUGAAUGGCAGCAUGAUUUUAGAGUCUGACAUGAAUGUAAGACUCACGUACAAAUUUAUCUAGAGCACUUUCACCUUAGAGGUCAUGGCAACUCCAUCUCCGGUAAUAUUUACAGAUUCUAUAAUGAGCAGACGUUCGCUCAGCUCGUCCCUGGAGCGACCCAACCACAACAUGUGGGGUAGUUAGUUGCAUACAUGCACGUGAUGAUGCAAGCUAAUUUCAACUUUUUUUAAACCAAAAAAUGUUUUGUGUACCAAAUCA